UUGGCUCACCAGGUAAACGUUGCAUUCUAAAAGCCAUGAUUUAGUAGCCAAUAUUGAAUCGGUCCAUGUUGUUCGUGUUUAGUUCACUAGUACAAUUUGAAUUUAUUACACCCGUGCAAUUUCUCACAAUGAUCACAUAUAGUGACAGGUAACAGCGUUGCAGUAAACACAGCUGUCCUGUCUCACAUGUUUCAUUCUCUAUAUGGGACUUUGAACCUUAUAAAACUGGAAUAGUCAUUUAGCAAGCGUCACAGAUCCUUGACAACAAGUGGUGCGAUAGGAAGCGAUUCUUUGCUCUGACUUCGCAUUCGCCACGGUGACACGUACGGCUGAGACCUCCACAAUUUUUUCUCUAUCGAUAGUACGUACAAUUGUGACAGAAAUGUGGCUAGCUUUGGCCGCCAUCAUAUAUUUGGAAGUGUUUUCCCUCUCUUCACAUGUGAGGGGAUCUGUCGUGAGAACGACUACGGAGUCACAACCAUGGAAUGUAAGUUGUCCAAGAACGUACAUCAAACCGUGCGAGUGUACCGCAAGGUGGGACGACUUCUUGUACAGGCAGGUGAAAACAGUGACGUGUUCCGGACCGAUCAAUGCUACCAACUUCAUGCUCCCAAACACAACGGAGUCGCUGCGACUUGAGGAUGUGGCCGGUUUGGAGCCGGUGAUGUUCGAGGGAGCCGCAGAAGUAAUGGUAUUCCAAGUGAAGGGGCUCACGUCUGACAGCGUACCGGCAGACAUUUUGAGAGGCAUGGGCAAUCUGAGAUUCUUUUCCCUCUCGUUCAACUUAGACUUGAUGUCAUUACCAGACAGGUUCUUCGGGAAUCUCCGAAACCUCGAGAGGAUCGACAUUUCUGAGACAGGACUUCGGGUGCUGUCCGUGGACACAUUCGCGAACCUAACUGCUCUUAGGUUCCUAGACCUGUCUAGAAACAAUAUAGGAAACCUCCAGGAUGGAGUGUUUGACGACUUGUCGACACUGUCGUUCCUCGACUUGCACGAAAAUAACAUAUCUUCAUUGCCAUCUGUCGGACACUUGCCGGGCCUAUCAGAACUCCAUCUGCAACAAAACAGUAUCACAACCAUAUCUCCAUCUGCUCUGGAUAGACUCCAUUCUUUGACAAAGCUAGAUCUAUCUAGAAACGUGAUACAGACAAUCCCAACGGGUACACUGAGACAGCUGAAGCGAUUGUCUUUCUUAGAUGUUGGUUACAACCCUAUCGUAGCUGUGGGCGGAGACACGUUCGAGGGACCGACGAAUCUGACCGAUCUGGGUCUGGACGACCAUCAGCUAGACACGUGGAAUCCUGAAGUUCUCUUGAACAUGACUUCUCUUCGGUAUCUGCACAUCGGUUAUGUCCGUUACGACUGGAAUCAAGUUAUGUACGAGGGGGGCCGGUGGUGGUUCAGUUGCCCACCUGACGCAUGCGUGUUCGGUGACUGCAACAUCGCUCAUCACCAGCCCAACUGUACCUGCCGCCAGGGGUUUUCCGGUGACGCAUGCGACACACCGAUUGGUCAGGACGAAGGGUUGCCGACUUGGGUAGUUGUGGUAUCGGUGACAGUCACAGUAGUUGUGAUGGUGGUGACCGUAUUUGGGUGUGACCGGUUCUGGAGGAAUAGAAAACUUCGGUACGAAAACGUUUGAAGUGGCACCUUUCGCUCCUGGCUGGAUUACAAAUUGAGGGCUGAUGACGACUUAUUAUAUGUAACCAAAAGAAAAAAAUGAUACACAAGAAAAAUCUACUGACUUUUUUUUUAAUUUUAAAACUUCGGUU